CGUGGCUAAGGGUUCUCUCUUGCCAUGCGGCUUGUUUGAGCUGUUCACUGCAGUGGUGCAGUUCCACUGGCCAUGAAUUAAAUUCUGGGCGACCUAUAAAAGGUCCAGGAAACGUUAAGGAUCAUCCAACGUUAAAAGUAAACACUGGUGGCCUCGUGUGCGCGGGAGAGAAGAUGGCGGAAGGAGAUGCGCUGGACCAGACGCAGUACAUCCAGCGGCGGGUCUACACGGACCCCACCAUUCCCCCCGCUCCUCUGGACCUCCACUCUGCCUCGGCGCUGGGCAACUACGAGUGCGUGCAAGAGGCCAUCAGCUCCAAGCGGGACAUCAACCGCAGAAACAAAGGUGUGGAAAUGUGGAAUUCGGAAUUCUCAAGCAGACACUUUUGAUGAUGGCAAUUUACCCUCCAAUAAUUGUCUACUCACGCCAAGAAUGCGUCUGGAUGGACACCACUGAUGUACGCAGCCUAUGUCAGCCACGAUACAGUGGUGAACCUGCUACUGGAGGCCAAGGCCGACCCUAACAAGGGGACACCCGGUGGACUGACACCACUCAUGGUAGCUGCUCGCUGCGGCAAUGAAUCCAUCUGCUACUUUCUCAUCCAGAACGGUGCCAAGAUCGAUCCCCAGGACGAGACAGGGUGCACGGCGCUGUUCCACGCGGUGAGGCAGGGCCACCAGACUGCCUCUCAACUGCUACUGGAGUCAGGAGCCAACCUGGAGAUCAGGGAGAAGGUGAACGGACUAACUCCGCUGAUGGUGGCUGCAUUGGAGGGAGACGAGAUUAUCGUCGAUGUUCUCAUUGCCUGCGGAGCCAGUCUACAGCAGAAGAACAAUGAAGGUCUCACCGCUCGCUCCCUGGCCCUCAACAACAACCACGUCCGUAUCGUCACCCUCUUCGACAACACCGCGAGACUGCUCCAGGAAGAGGAAGAUGUGAGGAUGGGAGGACCGGCGGACGACGACUCAGAGAUGCUUGGUGGAGAGAAGGAGAUGGAGGCCUACCGACAGAGCAUGGCGGUCAAGAGGGCCAUCCAGAUGCAGCUGGGUCACCGCUACGGACCUCGCUGGAGCAUCCCCGAGUUGAGGAGAGGAAGCAUGCCGGUCACCUCUCUGCUGCAAGAGAGAAAACUACGUUACGCGAUGUCUCUUCCGGAGUCAGAGUUUCCUCCGAUGCUGAUGGGAGGAGACAUGGACCCACGACGAGGGGGCAACGGGAUCGAGUCCCUCGCAACGGUCCCCGAGGAGAACGAUCGGCUGUCGGCCUUCCUCCAGGAACUGGGGCUGGGGAAGUACGAGGAGGUGUUCCAGCGACAGGCCGUGGACUACAAGACCCUUCUCUCGUGUUCAGACAACGACCUCAAGAACCUUGGAAUCAAUCUCCUGGGCCCACGUCGUAAGCUGUCGAUAGCCAUUGCAGAGCUGAAGGAGAAGGAGGAGAAGCCCCAGAGAGGGGUGUCCUCUCUCCCCUCCAGUAUCAAUAGAGGACCGGGGAGAGGAGGGGAGGGGGAGGAUGGGGUGGAUGGGGGAGGAGGUUACAGCAAGAGUAGCGAGAGGGGGAAGGGCCGGGGGCGAGGGUCACGCCCACAGCUCUACAAGCAGCCCAGUACAGAGUUGCAAGCAGCCUACCAUCAGGCGAUGGAGAGAGUGGAGCAGUUGGAGAGCCAGUUGACCCAGGAGCACUCCCUGCGCAGCGCUGCAGACAGCUACCUCCUGGAGCUACAGCAGUCUCGCCAGAGAGCUGCCUCCUGUCUGGCCGGGUUGAGGGAUGGACAGAGCGACACUGCCGCUCACUGCAACGCCGUGAAGUGGGUGGCAGGAAGAGCGUGUGACUGUGUGUGUGCGUGUAGGAGAGAGAAUGGGAAAGAUGCUGCAAAGGGGGAGAACAUGUCACUAGGAGUUGUAUUUGGUUCCAUAUGACUGUGCCAAACAGAUCACCUGGAGCUCCAGAGCCACUUACAUAAAUUGUGGAACUAUGGCUGUGGUGCUUGUGCCUGGACUUUUCCUUUUGUUCCUUCCCAUCCCAGGACAACAAAUGUGCAGCUCUCCAAGGAAGUGGCAGCCCUGCGCACCCUGUCUUACUCCCCCUCCCCCCUCCCUCCCCUCUCCCGGAUCCACUCCGAGCUGGUGGCCCUCUCCUCGCGGCUGAGUCUGGAGGUGGAGGCGCUCUCUCGUGCCGUCGACGUAGCCCAGCAACACUCCGACUCUCUCGCCUACAGCCUCCUCUCUUCCUCUCCCUCUUGACCCUCUCCCUCGUGACCUGUUAUCUAUGUGUAUAGCAGCCAGUGUGUUACAGUGUAUAUAUAGGACUGGGGGAAAUCAUGUCAGCUGGUCUUUUUUUAGUAACAUUCACUUUGAAUUAGCCAUAUCUUAUCUCGCUCUCCCCAUUCCUGUCUUUCUGUCCAAUAGAAAACACAACCAACUAUCCAAAUCUUGCAUCAUCUUCCUCUCCAUGGGAAGGGGGGUAAAAGUAAAUGCCCU